AUGGAGACGCGCGGAGCUACUCAACGAGUAACCAAUACAACACUAGAUAAAGAAGGAGUAUUCAACAAGAGAUUGAACAAACUUCGUAGGUAUAUUGCGAGCUAUAGGGGUUAUUUAACUCGUCUGUAUAGAGAGACGGAUGAGCUCAUGCAGAACUAUGACAAUUACAAGGAAGUAAUAAAGAAACGUGAGGAUUUAGAUAAAGGUUUUGCAAACUUUAAAGAAGCAAGUGACAAUUGUGGCCGAUUCCUUAUUAAAGACGAAGAAAAGGAAGCCUUGGCGAGUCAAUUGGACACUGAAAUCAGGCGUUAUCAAGAAUUUAAGAUUAGAUACUCGGACUGGCUGCGAAAGUUCACUCGAAGAGAAAACCGAUCAAGUGAAACGGGUAUGCAAAUUUCACCGAACAAAUUUGAAAUGCAAACAAUAUCUCGUGAUGAAGCUCAUGAAGCGGAACUGCAGACAAAGGUCGGGGGCGAUUCGUUGAAUUCUUUAACCAGAGGAGCGUAUCUUUUGUAAAUCUAGAUAUGGAUUUUUAGGAUUCGGAUUUUUUGGAUUCGUUAAACAAAUGGAACGAAUUGUGAGAAUCGGAAUUCUCCUGCUGUUUUCCUGCUGUUUUCUGUCCCAGAUCCAAAUCCAGAUUGUACUAAAGGAACGCACCCUAGAAGUGACCGAAUGGCGGACAAUGAAACCGCGAAAACAACCACAGAACGGGAUAGUUUAUAUAAAGACAGUGUGUUGCGAGUACCAAGCCUGGGGAAGCAAAAAUAUUUGUCAAACUAUUCAACUCAGAGCCCAAGAAGUAAAAAUAGGUACGCGACGCGUACAAAUAUCUGCCAAAAGACUUGAUUCACAUUUUCAUCACUUAUUAUAAUAAAUUUAAUAGCAAAUAAGAUUUUAAAGUCAAACAUAGUACAAAUCUAACAAGGCUGUAGACAGCACAGAGAGCAGCAGGGGCAACUCAAACCCCCCCCCCUCCCCCGCAAAAAUUUAACUAAUUUUAUGUGAUUAUGAUUGUAACUCGGAUAAUUAUGCAGUCAAAAAAUAAAAAGUUCAUGCAAACAAUAUUCGCAGUGUCUAUUUAGUAAACUGUCACUUAUCAAUCCAUAACCAUUUUGAAAACUUUAUUGUAAUCAAUAUGAAGCAAAAGUUCUGUCACUUGUUGUUUACACUUGCCAACGUUAACUGUUGAGUAACAUACACAAACUAUUUGAGGAACAUACAUUAAUACUGUAGCAAAGAGUCCAUCAUAUAUCGAAGACCACUGAAUAGUAGAGAAUGUUUUAAAGGUCAUGAAUGAAGUAUAUAAUUAAAUUCCAAUUAACUGUGCCCUGUGCACAGUUAAUGAUAUACCACACUGUUCGGUUUAACACAACAUAUCCACACAAAAACAAUUUGUGUUGUGGGAGAUUAUCGGUUUGAGUAGAAGGUAUCACAAGUUUAGUUUUGUACAUUGUGUGCCAUUGAUCAAAUCCACCAUAUAAUAUAUGAUUACUCAUUGUAGCUGUUAAGUUAUUUUCCAUACUAAUGAAUUUAGGUAAGAUUGUCUUGCAAGUUGGUUGUUCUGACAAAAUUAUCCAGCCAAUAUCCAGUAUAUUUAUUCUUCAUUCUUGUAUUAAUCUCUAAAGAAAAAUAUUUAUUUUAGAAAGCAAAAUGACAAUGUAAUGACGCUCGGGAGGGUGAGGAUUCUUUUAUUUGAAAAUGUUUGUAAAAAUUUUGUUUAAUUAACUCUAAUGUGUAAAACCAAAAUGUAUAAGUAUUUUAACUGAUAAGAUCUUCAACCUUUGCUCUAACACUACAUUUGAUGACAGCUUUAUAGUUGGACUGUUGUUUUGAACAGAGUUAUGGAGUCAAUAUACAGAAAUACAGGACCAGGAUUGAAUUCAAUAUCUCCUGAGAACUGUCCAAUAGGUUCCUUUGAUAUUGUUAAUUGGCAAUAUUGCCUGCUAUGUUUUCACUGUUAAAAUAUUACAGACGUCACAGAAGGAUUGUUUUUAAUACUGUAUAAAUCUUUUUGUGAACUAUGUUGACAAAUGGCUUAAAAUAUCCUCGAAAAUAUCCAAUAUUUUAUACAGUGUAAUAUAUUAAUAAAAAAUUCCAGAGUGCAUUCCAUGUAAACUCUACGCCGAAGAUACGGCAAUAUUAACUAUAGAUAGUAUAGUAAAUAUUUGCCGAACUGGCGAACUCAUUUAUUUAUUUAUUUAUUAACUUUACAACCAUACAUAAAAUAGACUAAAACACUACAUAAUAUGGUUGAAGGUAUGGUCAACAGGACAUGAAUAGCCCCAUAUGAAGACCAACCUUAAUAACUCAUGUAUUAAUAUAAAAAAUGUGGGACAUAUAUUUGCACAAAUUUGGUAUUUAAAUAUAUAAUAUGUGGUAUUUGGCUACUUACCAGAUGAGGAUAAGAUUCCAUGUUGAUAAAUAAAUUCGGAAUAAUAUCGCAAGUAGAAUGCCGAUUCAAGAUAAAUUGAUAAAAAUAUCAAGAUAUUUUUGAAAGAAUAUAAACACGAUUUAUACACGAGGCCUGACGAGGCUAAAGUAUGCCCGUUCGCAGGUUAGAUGCGGGCACAAUGUAAACAAUUGAUGUAAACGAAUCGCUGAUUGGCUUAAAUUGGCUUAAAUUAUAUAAGCUCGUCGCUGAGUGGCUAUCUGCUAACAUACGGUACGGUACGGUCACGGCACGUUUGCGAUAGCAUAUAUAUCUGCUUCGCAGAUACAAAAACGAGGGAAGUCGAUGGUUCGAAAACGAGUCGAAGAAGUCUAGUCAGAGUAGUGAGAGAAGUAAACAAAGUCAAAAGCUGGCGAUGUCUCGUUUGAAGUUAAAACGGCUCGAAGAAAAGGAGAGCUCCUCGAAAGACAACAGAAACUAGAAGCUGAAAUAUACGAACGAAAAUUAAAAACAGAAAUGGCAAAAUUGGAAUUAAAAGGUGAAAUUAUCGACGCUCGAGCAGAAGUUGAAAAGUGUGCAAUUGAAUCACAAUAUUCCGUUGAUGAUGGUGAUUUCGGACGUGACGCAGAUGAGCGACUUCCAGAUCUAGAAAGACAGACUAUACAACAGACCAUGGAGAGGUUUUUGGGAUCCAGUUGGACAGAGAAGCAGGUGGAAGAAUUCCCAACACCGAGUCGAUCAAAUCCUCCGCCGAUAACUUCAGCGAGGAAUGACGUAGGUAUUCAUCCUGAAAUUCAGCGUUUACUCGAAAGACAGAGUCAAGUUAUCGAAGGUCAGAAUACUACGGUAGAAAAGCUGACAUCUAGUCCUGACCUGCCGAAGCGUGAAUUUUUGUGCUUUGAUGGCAACCCAACAACGUAUUUGCGAUUUAUAAAAAAACUUUGAAGUGAAUGUAGAAAGUCGGGUACCUGACGAAACAGUUAGGCUUUCCUAUCUUAUUCAAUAUACCAGCGGGGCAGCUAGACAAGCUACUGAGAACUGCGUGAUCUACCUGUUCUUGAUCCCAGCAGAGUAUCAACAUUUGGAACACAGCAUGCUGAAACACAAACUGGUGGUGACAGUUCGAAUGAUCAUAAAUCGCAGCAAAGAAGUAGGCAGUGUUUACUGUGUGGAGCAUCGAAUCACGACUUGGAAAAAUGCUACAAGUUUAGGCAGAAGUCUUACCAAGAACGAUUAGAAUUUACUCAGACAGAAAAAUUGUGUCACAAAUGUUUAAGAAAGAAUAAUUUUGAAAGACGAUGUAGAAUGGGUCCGGCGUGUAUGUUGAGUGACUGUAAUGUUCGACACCAUUCCCUUCUUCAUUUACCAGUUAAUCCACCAGAGAGUUCACCCAGCUCUGAAAAAGAUCAGGAAGAAUCCCCUCAUCGUAGUAACGAGGCCGGAGCCUCGGUACCCGGUGUGGAGCGACAGCGAAGAAGAAACCAAGGGUAUGUUUAAGAAUACUUCCAGUCAGAAUCACCAACAACGAUGGCACUCGUCAAGUGGAUACGUAUGCCUUUAUUGAUAACGGAUCAGAUACGACACUUUGCACGAACAGUUUAGUAGAAAAUCUUCACCUGAAACAUAAACCAACUGAAUUUUCCCUAACAACGAUCAAUGCUCAGGACAAGAAGAGACGUGGUCUAGAAGUUGAGCUGAAGGUGCAAGCUUUGAAAGGCGAAAGCGAACUACAAUUAGAUCGUGUAUGGAGUGUUGAUCGUCUACCUAUUUCAGAAAGAAGUAUCCCUGAGGUGGACGAUAUUGGCCAUUGGUCUCAUCUGAAUGGUAUCGACUUCCCCGAGCUCGAUGACAAAGAAGUCAGUAUCUUUAUUGGAAGUGACGUUCCGGAAGUUCAUUGGACAUUGGAGGAAAGACGGGGAGGACCUAAAGAACCAUUGGCAGUUUGUACGAUACUUGGUUGGACGCUGUUUGGUCCUAUAGGAAGUGGAACAAGCACGGAAGGAAAUGUUAAUUUCGUACAGAUCGAUCAUCGUGAAGAAAUAAAACAUCAGUUAGAACGAUUAUAUAACAGUGAAUUCAAUGACUAACCCUUGAAUGGAGAUAAACCUAUGUCGAUCGAAGACCGUCGAGCUCUUACUAUUAUGGAAAAAUCUGUACGACAAGUCGAUGGUCACUAUCAAAUAUCUCUACCGUGGCGUUAUAGUCCACCGUGUUUACCAGACAACAAAUUAUUGGCUGAGAAGAGACUCCAACAACUUCAAAGGCGAUUAAAGUAUGAUGAACAACUGAAAUAAAAGUACCGGAAUAUUAUUGAUGAUUAUGUCGUCAAAGGUCAUGCCAGAAGAGUUCCUGAGGCUGAUUUUGAUUCGAAUGAUAAACCCCUUUGGUAUCUGCCUCACCAUCCUGUAUUACAUGCCAAGAAGCCAGGAAAAGUCAGAGUCGUGUUUGACUGUUCGGCACAAUAUAAGGGAACAUCGCUCAACGAUCAGCUAUUAAGUGGACCAGAUUUAACAAAUUCCCUUGUUGGGGUUCUACUUCGCUUCCGUCAAGAAUCGAUUGCUAUGAUGUCAGAUGUUGAACAGAUGUUUCAUCAAGUCCUCGUAGAUCCAAAAGACCAGGAUGCCUUCAGAUUCUUGUGGUGGCCAAAAGGUGAUCUGAAAGCGAAAGCAGAAGAAUUCCAAAUGCUGGUGCAUUUGUUCGGUGCCACCUCAUCGCCAAGCUGUGCAAAUUUUGCAUUAAGGAAAACAGCCGAAGACAAUCGAAAGGAUUUUGACUUCUCAGUUAUCGAGACAGUGAAUCAUAAUUUUUACGUAGAUGAUUGUCUAAAAUCGGUAGCGACGAUUGAAAGAGCACUUCACUUGGUGAAAGAAUUACCACGGUUGCUGGAACGAGGGGGAUUUAAUCUUACGAAGUGGGUAUCAAAUCGUCGAGAAGUUACUAGAGCCAUACCAGUAGAGAAAAGAGCUUCUGUGGUCGAUUUAGAUUUGGAGAAAUCGCGGAUAGAUCGAGCCUUGGGGGUUCACUGGGACAUAGAUAACGAUACGUUUGGCUAUAAAGUUGGAAAACGUGAGGCUGUUGAUACACGAAGGAAGAUUUUAUCGUUAGUAACAUCAAUAUACGAUCCUUUGGGUAUUGCUGCGCCAUUGCUGUUACCAGCCAAGAAGAUCUUACAAGACCUAUGCAGAAAUCUGAUUGGUUGGGACGAAAUAAUUCCGCCUGAACUUUCCGUGAAUUGGGAGAAAUGGAUUGAUAAUCUACCUGGUCUUGAGCGACUUGCUAUUCCACGUUGUUUGAAACCCGAAACCUUGGGUAGACUUUCUUCCAUUCAGUUACAUUAUUUUGCUGAUGCUUCGGAGAUCGGAUAUGGGGCAGUUUCGUAUCUUCGUUUGGUCGACGUGUCGGGAUCCAUACAUUGUGUCCUCCUGAUGGGAAAGUCGCGUGUUGCACCGCUAAAAUUACUUACUAUCCCAAGAUUGGAACUUUCUGCAGCCACAGUCGCAGUUAAGCUACAUAAGUUUAUUUCGUAUGAGUUGGAACUACCGAUUCACGAUACAGUAUUCUGGACGGAUUCUACCAUCGUCAUACAAUAUAUACGGAAUGAAGCUAGAAGAUUCCAGACCUUUACGGCUAAUAGAUUAGCACUGAUUCAUGAGAUCUCAACACCUAACCAAUGGAGACACGUUCCCUCGGAAUGGAAUCCUGCAGAUUCAGCGUCUCGUGGGUUGGAGAUGAAUGAUUCAAAGAAACUUCAGCAGUGGCUUAACGGACCCUCUUUGUGUUGGGAAGCCAAAUGUUUCUGACCAGAGCAACUUGCUGACUUGAUUGAAUUGGCUGAUGACGACGAAGAGUUGAAGAAGAAGUCCUUCAAUAUACACUCUGUUAUAGAUCAUGAUGGUGUUCAUAGUUUGUUGAACCAAUUUUCCACUUGGACGAAACUUCAAACCUCGAUUGCCUGGUUUCUUCGUUUCAAGACAUUCGUUUCGUUGCCCUUAAAAGCUCGAGAUCAAGAAAUAUGACUCGUAGACCACUUAGAGUUUACGAACUACGUCACAGCACACAUUAAAUUGUUCGUUUGGUUCAAAAGUUGGCAUUUCCCAAGGAAUUAGAACUUAUUCGGACUGGGAAAGAUGACAUCUUGGGUAAAGUUCUUCGAGGUACAGGCUAUUUAAGUCGUUAAGAAAGCUUAAUCCGAUUAUUGUUGGUGAUGUCCUGAGAGUUGGUGGUCGUUUAAAGAGAGCCUCGAUUGGUUACAACGCUUCUCAUCCAGUGAUUCUACCUCAGAAACAUCAAGGGACCCAGUUGAUAAUUAACCACUACCAUCAGAUGGAAGGCCAUGUUGGUAGCAGCCAAGUCUUGGCCAUAAUUGACAAAGAUUCUGGAUUCUGCAAGGUCCGAGUGCGGUUAAACAAGUAGUGCGGAGGUGCUUUACGUGUCGUCGUUGGAAUUCACGCCCGAUAGAGCAAAUGAUGUCUCCGUUGCCAGAAGCAAGAGUCACUCCAGAAGAACCAGCAUGUUCGUCAGUUGGUAUCGACUAUUUUGGCCCACUCUUUGCAAAAAUUAAAGCGAAGCGUUGUCAAACGAUAUGGAUGUGUAUUCACUUGUCUUGUUAUCCGGGCUGUCCAUAUCGAGGUGUCUUACGAUUUAAGCACAGAUUCCUUCAUACAAGCCUUUAUGAGGUUCAUCAGCCGACGUGGUCCUCCUACCAAGGUCUUCAGUGACAAUGGUACAAAUUUUAAAGGUGCGGAAACCGAGAUAAAGGAAGCUUUGACAAAAUGGAAUCAGGAUCGAAUUUCUCGUUCUUUGAGAAGUCGUGACAUUGAAUGGAAUUUUAACCCACCAGCUGCAAGCCACGCGGGUGGUGUCUGGGAAAGGAUGAUCCGAUCAAUCAGGAAAAUAUUGCGUUCGUUGAUGACAGAUCAGUUGGUGAAUGAUGAAACUCUUGCAACAAUUUUGGCAGAAGUCGAGAAAAUCCUCAACGAUCGACCUUUGACCCGACUUAGUGAUGAUCCUAAUGAUUUAGAGCCAUUGACUCCGAAUAAAUUGUUGUUAUUACGUCCAAAUCCUUGCUAUCAACCCGUUGAAUUUGGCGAAACGACUUCAUACAACAAGAAAUGGAAACAAGCCCAGUAUCUUGCCUCCAUAUUUUGGAAGCGUUGGAUUAAGGAGUACUUACCUACUUUACAAGAACGUCAGAAAUGGUUACGCCCUAGACGAAAUGUUGUUCCUGGUGAUCUCGUUUUAGUCGUGCAAGAGAAUGUUCAACGUGGACGGUGGCCGAAAGCUAUAGUUGAAGAAGUAUUCCCUGAUGAAUAUGGUCAUGUUCGCCAUGUUAUAAUAAGGACUGAAACUGCGCGAUUACGACGUGACGUGCGGAAACUGUGUUUAUUAGAAAGUGCUAUUUAA